GCAUCCCUCCUUUGCCAACUAUACCACAUCAACAUUCCCUUCCCUUCCCCCCCCCCCUGUCCUCCAUUUAUCGCUUUUAUCCGCGUUAGGCGGACUCUCCUCCCGCGGAUGUGACAGACGCUUACCACAGCAGCGCGAGCAGCGACAAUGCGGGUCGUACGCGAGCAAAUUUAUGCGUCCUCUUAUCCGCCAUUUGCCGCAUGUACCCCUGUGCCAGGUGGACUCUCCUCCCGCGGAUGUGGCAGACGCUUACCACAGCAGCGCGAGCAGUGACAAUGCGGGUCAUACGCACCAUAAGGAGCGGAAGGAACGGAAGGAGCGGAAAGACCAUAAGGAGCGGAAGGAAGGGAGUGAAGGGCCGGAGGGAAAGCACCGGGAGGAGCGGAAGGAGAGAAAGCACGGAAAAGAAGAAGGAAAGGAGGAGGUGGAGGAAAGAGAGAGGCGAGUAGACGAUGGUAAGGGGAGCUUGGAAAACAAUGGGUCACAUGCGGAAGGGGAGGAGGAGAGGGAGACGAGGGAGAAAAUAGAGAGGAAGGAGCGGAAGGAGAGAAAGGAGAGGAAGGAGAGAAAGGAGGGAGAGGAGAGAAAGGAGAAAAAGGAGAGGAAAGAAAAGAAGGAGAGGAAGGAGGGGAAGGAAAGGAAGGCGCUGACGCCAAGAGCAGGGGAUUUAUCAAGUCACAGGGGCAAAGGGUUUGAAUUUUCUGCUGGGGGACAUAGGAGAACCAGGAGGGGAGUAAGGACGGCAAUAGGGGCAGCAGGUGCAGCGAAGGAGCUUCCUGCUUUCGAGGCGAAACACGAGGGUGACUUGGAGGAGAGGGAGAGCCGAAUCCGCGAGUUGGAAGAGGGGAAAGCAGCCCUUGAGAAGGAGAGAGCGUUGCUGCAGGAGGAGGGGCGGCUAGCAGAAGCAGAGAUUCAGCGGUUGGUGGAGCAGAAGGAUGGUUUGGAAAGGGCUCAGGCACGGUUAGAAGCGGAGAAAGAGCAGCUGGAGAAGGAGAAAUUGCAAUUGGAGAACGAGAAGCAGAAAGCCGAGGAGGAGAAGGAGAGAUUACAUGAAGAGAUGAGGCGAGCGGACGCGGAAAAGAGUCAAGUCGACGAGGAGAAGAGGCAAUGGGAGGAGGAGAGGCAGCGACUGGAGGAGGAGGUGGAGUAUCUAACCCAAGAGCUAGAAACAGAGCAGGAGAUUGCAGCAGAGGCUGCUGAGAUGGCGCAGCGGGAGUGGGCGGCGCGGCAGGAGGCGCUGCGCCAGCUGGCAGAGGUGGAGCGUGAGCUGGCGAUGGAUGUGAAAGAGGCUGACGUGGCAGCUGCUGCUGCUGCCGCUGCUGCUGCUGCUGCAGUGAGAGAAGCAGCGGGAGCAGGAGAGUCUGAGGGAGUGACUGAGGGAGUGAGUGAGGGAGUGAGUGGCACUCUGAAUCACAACGGAUCAUUCAAGAUGGAAGCUGCGGAUUUGGCCUCUUCCGUUCGAUCAAUCUCAUUCAAAGCGCAGGCCACUGACCCUGAAGGUGGUGGUACAAUCGACAAGGGUGCAGCAAGCAUAGAUGGUGCUGCAUCUGACACCACUGACCCUUCCACUCACCCCUCCACUGACCCUUCAGACAGCACUUCAGAAUUCUCUGGUUUUGACUUGAAAUUACCCCGAGAAGCACCUACCUCCCCAGAUCACCUUACGAUGCCUCACCAAACCUCCUCACCGGCCGCAUCUCACCGUGCACCGCGCUCAACCACGCACACAGGCUCUGGACCAGCACCGCACUUGACCGCUUUCCCAACCUCUCAAUCGCUCUCCGCCGCUGCUUACUCUGCCGACCAAGCUCAGAACCACAGCUCUCACCAUCCCAGGCGGGUAGGCUCGGCAGUGCCGAAGCUGGACAUGCUGGCUCGGAUUCGAUCCGCCACGUUUGUCCUCCGCAACAGCAGCAGCCUCUCCAGCACCCCAUUGGGCACCACCCCUUUGGCCUCCCCUGGGUAUAAGGCCAACCGCCCUGGGUUCUCCUCGGCAGCAGGAACAGCAGAGGCAGCAGGAGUGACAGAGGCAGCAGCAGGAACGGCAGAUGCAGCAGAGAUGGCAUCAGGCAAGGGUGACAACCCGUCCAUAGGGGAGGCGACUGGGGAUGGUAUUGAGGUGUCACCGCUAGUGGGUGCAGCAGUGGGAGGAGAGGAGGGGUUUGAGUACUGCGGGGGGCAGAGCAAGGCGUGGAGAGCGGUGCACUGCGGUGGCUUUGUGCACGUGCUGCUGCAGCUGUCUCUGGCCGGCGUGAAUCGGCUGGAGGAUUGCGUUGCGAGAGCAGAGGCAGCACGGGUGGCGAGAGACUCAACUGCAGUGUGUACUGACGCUGCAGCGGCUGAAGCAGCAAGGAAGGAUCUAGCAGGUCCGGAGAAGGCUCGGAAGCAGGCUCGGAAGCCAUCUUGGGAGCAGGCUCGGAAGCUGGCUCGGGAGCAGGUUCGGAAGGCUCGGGAGCGGUCAGUGGAAUUAUACGUGCUGGAGCUACAGGCUGAGGCCCUGAAGGCCACAGCCGAGGUGCUGAGGGAAGAAGCUAGUGUGGAAGGGAGGACGGUGAGGAGGCUGACGAUGGAGAAAAGAGAUGUUGAGGAGAGAGCGGCUGGAUUAGAGGCCACUCUUGCUUUAUUCAAAAAGGACUCGGUCAAUGCUGAUGCGACUUGUGAGGCGCCUCAAAAGGUGACAAUGGAGAAGACAGAUGUUGAGGAGAGGGUGGCUGGGUUAGAAGCCACUCUUGUUUUAUUCAGAGAGGGCGCGGACAAUGCUGAUGCGUUGGGUGGAGAUACUGUGGGGCUUGGGGCAGGGGAGGAGGAGGGAGAGGGUGUGGUUGGGGAAAAGGAGGGGGCGGGGAGGGAAAGGGAGCGGGAGGAGGGUGAGAAUGUGGACGAGAUAGAAAAUGGGGCAAAGACGGUCGAAGAGCAGGGCACGGGAGAGGGUGUGGUUGCGAUAGAGAAUGGGCCAGAGAGGGUAGGGGAGCUGCAGGACGAGAAACCUGUGCAGGUGGGGGAGGGAGAGGGAGAGGGGGAGGGGGAGGGGGUGGAGUCGGCCCAGGUGGGGGAGCGGGAGGAGGAGGAAUCUGUGCAGGUGUCUCGAGAUGUUCUUCUCACGGCCGUCAGGGAUGCUUGGACGCAAGCAGAACUGCUUGACCAGACCCAGCUCAAUCCCUCUCGAUCCCUUGUCGCCGCCAUGCUCUCUUCUGCGCAGGCUCUUCUUGCCAGCUCGCAUGCACUACAGGACAAGGAGAGGGAGAGGGACACGGUGCUUAAACAGCUGAGCGAUGUCGAGACAAGAAUCGCCGUCCUGAAGGGCAUGGAUGGUACCUCUGGACCCGUUCCUGAAAAGUGGGACCUCAUCUCCUCAUUGACUCCUUUCUUAGCAAUGGUGCUACCAGGGCGCCUUGACGGCGCACCAUCUCGAGCCCUCCGUGUCCUGGCCGCCGCCAUGGCCAGGCAUUCAGCAGCCUCCGCCGGCGUUCCGGCACCUCUAGGAGCCUCCCUGACUCCUGCCGCCGGAAUCAUCCCUCAAAUCCUCCACCGAGGAUUUGCCAGUGAUGAGAAUCUCAAACGCACUCCCUUGUACGAUUUCCACGUGGCGGAAGGCGGGAAAAUGGUUCCCUUCGCCGGAUACAGCAUGCCGAUCCAGUACAAGGACAGCAUUAUCGAUUCCACCAUUAAUUGCCGGACCAACGGAAGCUUGUUCGACGUCUCCCACAUGUGCGGUCUUAGUCUGAAGGGCAAGGAUGUGAUUCCGUUCCUUGAGACGCUCGUGGUUGGUGAUAUUGCUGCUCUUAAGGAUGGCACUGGCACCCUGUCGGUCUUCACGAACGAGAAGGGUGGAAUCAUCGACGACACUGUCAUCACGCGGGUUACCCCUUCGCACAUCUAUCUCGUCGUCAACGCCGGCUGCCGCGAGAAAGAUCUGAACCACAUCGGAGCUCAUCUGGAGGCGUACAAGGCUGCCGGCAAGGACGUGUCGUGGCAGAUUCACGACGACCGCGCGCUGCUGGCGCUGCAGGGCCCUCUCGCGGCGGCCACGCUGCAGCCGCUCGUGGCGACGGACCUCUCCAAGAUGUCUUUCAGCGAUUUCACCAUGCUCAAGAUCGACGGCCACGAUUGCUUCCUCACUCGGACAGGCUACACUGGAGAGGACGGGUUCGAAAUCUCCGUGCCUAAUGAAAAUGCUCUGGCACUUGCCAAGAAGCUUCUCGAGGUGGGCGAGGGCAAGGUAAGACUCACCGGCCUUGGCGCCCGUGACUCUCUCCGCCUGGAGGCCGGACUUUGCCUCUACGGCAACGAUUUAACAGAGGAAAUUUCCCCGAUUGAAGGCGCGCUUGCGUGGACAAUCGGGAAGAGGCGGCGGGCAGAGGGGGGGUUCAUUGGGGCUGAUGUGAUUCUGAAGCAGCUGGCUGAUGGGCCUGCGAGGAGGCGAGUCGGGUUGACGUCUACUGGAGCCCCUGCAAGGAGCCAUGUAGCAAUUCUGGAUAAGGAGGGGAAUGUUGUUGGGGAGGUGACCAGUGGAGGGUUCAGUCCGUGCUUGAAGAAGAAUAUCGCGAUGGGGUAUGUGAAGAAUGGACUGCACAAGGCGGGUACGGAGCUGAAGGUGAAUGUGAGGGGGAAGGUGAAUGAUGCUGUCAUUACGAAGAUGCCGUUUGUUCCCACCAAGUAUUACAAGGCAUGA